CUCGGAGUCCUCCAGCACCAUCGAGCCCGCCGGCUGGAGCGUCGCACGUCUGGCCGCAGCGAGGCUCUGCCUGCCGCCGCGCUGCCAUAGAGUGGAGCGCCCGCUCCCAUCAGCCCCCGCGCGGCCCCGCCUCCUUCCUUCCCGGGCCGAGCCGCCGCUGACGCCGUCAUGGGUGUCGAUAUCCGACACAACAAGGACCGCAAGGUUCGCCGCACGGAGCCCAAGAGUCAGGAUAUCUACCUGCGCCUGCUGGUCAAGGUAACGCCCCCCUGGGGGUCUGCAGGGGGCCAGGACGCCUGGGUUCUCUCCACAGCUCAGGGAGGGGAGUGGGGGCUAGUGGGGGGAGGAGCUGGGAGCGAGGACUCCUGGGUUCUAUCCCCAGUUCUGCAGGGGAGGGGGCUGGGAAUGAGGACUCCUGGGAGGCAGGACACCUGGGUUCUAGGACUGGCUCUGCUGCUGUCUAAUGUGACCUGUGUAAGCACAGCCAGGAGAGCCUGUCACUGCCUCAGUUUCCCCAUGGUGCCCACGGGGGGGGGGCGGCAAGGGCUCCCCCUGAUGGCUGUGUCCCCCCAGCUGUACCGCUUCCUGGCGCGCCGCACCAGCUCCCGCUUCAACAAGGUCGUCCUGAAACGCCUCUUCAUGAGCCGCACCAACCGCCCGCCGCUCGCCCUCUCCCGCAUGAUCCGCAAGAUGAAGCUCCCAGGGCGGGAUAACAAGACGGCCGUGGUGGUGGGAACCAUCACCGACGACAUCCGCAUCCACAACAUCCCUAAGCUGAAGGUCUGUGCCCUGCGGGUGACCCAAGGAGCCCGCAGUCGCAUCCUGAAGGCGGGGGGUCAGAUCAUGACCUUUGACCAGCUGGCCAUGGCAGCCCCCAAGGGCCAGGGCACUGUGCUGCUCUCAGGGCCCAGGAAGGGACGCGAGGUGUACCGGCACUUUGGCAAGGCCCCCGGCACCCCCCACAGUCACACCAAGCCCUACGUGCGCUCCAAGGGGCGGAAGUUCGAGCGGGCCCGAGGCCGCCGCGCCAGCCGGGGCUACAAGAACUAACUGCGCCGGCCUGCAGCUGCCUGUGUCCAAUAAAGGGGUCAGAACCAUG